GACUACACGUUGGAACGAACAGCAUGGAGGACAGCUCUGAGAAAAGCGUGAAGCAAAACACGGAUAAACCACUCGAAGAUUCGAGUAGCGACGAUGAUACUAGUAACAUUAAUAGUGGAGAAAAUGUGGAAACAGUGAAGACCUUCAAGGACCUGGGUGUCACAGAGGUGCUCUGCGAGGCUUGUGAUCAGCUGGGAUGGAAGAGUCCAACAAAGAUCCAGAUAGAAGCUAUACCUGUAGCUCUGCAAGGAAGGGACGUCAUUGGCCUGGCAGAAACUGGUUCCGGAAAAACUGGUGCUUUUGCUCUCCCCAUACUCCAGACCCUUCUGGCAUCUCCACAAAGGCUUCACACUCUAGUCCUGACUCCCACCCGAGAACUGGCAUUUCAGAUCUCUGAGCAGUUCGAGGCCCUGGGCUCAAGCAUCGGUGUUAAGUGUGCUGUCAUAGUUGGAGGAAUUGAUAUGAUGUCCCAGUCCUUGGUGCUGGCAAAAAAGCCUCAUAUUGUUAUAGCCACCCCUGGCCGGUUGAUAGACCACCUGGAAAACACAAAAGGCUUCUCCCUGCGAGCUCUGAAGUUCUUGGUCAUGGACGAAGCGGACAGAAUCCUCAACAUGGACUUUGAGACUGAGGUGGAUAAAAUCUUAAAAGUGAUUCCCAGGGACAGACGGACCUUCCUAUUCUCUGCCACCAUGACUAAAAAGGUCCAGAAACUACAGAGGGCAGCUCUAAAAGAUCCUGUCAAGUGUGCAGUGUCGACCAAAUACUCCACAGUAGAUAAACUGCAGCAGUACUACAUCUUCAUUCCGUCCAAAUACAAGGACUGUUACCUGGUAUCCAUCCUGAAUGAGCUGGCUGGAAACUCCUUUAUGAUUUUCUGCAGCACAUGUAACAAUGCCCAGCGGGUGGCACUAUUGUUAAGGAACCUCGGUAUCACCGCCAUCCCUCUGCAUGGCCAGAUGAGUCAGAACAAACGUCUAGGAGCGCUCAACAAGUUUAAGUCCAAGUCUCGAUCAGUGCUGCUGGCAACUGAUGUGGCCUCAAGAGGCCUGGACAUCCCGCAUGUCGAUUGUGUCAUAAACUAUGACAUCCCCACUCACUCCAAGGACUACAUCCACAGAGUUGGACGAACAGCCAGAGCUGGGCGCUCCGGGAAAUCGAUCACUUUUGUUACACAAUACGACGUGGAGCUUUUCCAGCGAAUUGAAACCCUGAUUGGGAAGAAACUUCCGGCCUUCCCAACCCAGGAGGAUGAAGUAAUGAUGCUCGUGGAAAGAGUGAGCGAGGCCCAGAGGUUUGCCAGGCUGGAAAUGAAGGAACAAGGGGAGAAGAGGAAAAGGCCCAAAGGAGGCGAUGGAGAUGAUGACACAGAGCAAGCAAGCGGCGUGAGGAAGAAAGUGAAAGGUGGUUCAGGAGGAGGGGGAGGAGGAGGGAAGAAGAGGGGUGGAGGAGCUUGGAGAGGCGGGCGCUAAACCCUCCUACAUUAACAGACUGUUCACAACCACAACAUAAAAUGCCUUUCCUGCUUUUGAUGUAAAACUCAAUCACGACGACAUGUUUUCCAGCAUUUAGUACAGAAGAGCCCUAUUUAAUUACUGAAAACAUGCUUUUUUUUCGCCCCUAUGUGAUAUUUUUUCCAUUUGUAAUAAAAUUCAACUGAAAAACCAA